AUGGCUCCCAUCUUGAUCAUCGGAGCAGGCCUUUCAGGGGUCACCACCGCCCGAAUACUCACCAACAGCGGCAUUCCGAACAUCGUAUUCGAGGCAUCUGCUCCAGACCGCAGCCAGGGAUUUGCUAUUAGUCUGCGUGACUGGGGCUAUUCAGCACUGCUGGAUGGACUGGGAGGCCUCCCUCUCCGCAGUCUAAUAAAAGCAGUUGCUCCCGACCGCUACAUCGGGGUGGAAAUGGCUGGAUCGAUCAGGCAUUGCGUGAUAAUUCUACCGCUUGCUGCCGUGCUUGGUGAAAACCUUGGAGAUUUGAACAAGGCUGUCUCGAAUUAUUAUGACGGUGCGUGGAAACGGUGCCAGGAGGCAGUCAGGAGGUCAAGAGGGCGAUUCUAUGUGUUACACAGACCCAUAGCUGAGUGGCAGGAAAUUGCACAGAGAAGAAACGGAGAGCCAAUGACUGGGGUUUGA